UCCGGCGAUCAUUAACCGACUGGAGACGUAACGGUGAUGAGUCAACCCAAGUACUCAGACGCGACGCACCCCAGCCUGUGACAUUUGUGUGAUUUAGUUGUUAUUAGGACCACGAAAUAAGAGAUAUGUCAUGAAUUUCAUCACCUAGGAUUUUGCGGUGCUCAAAGGAUGCGUAACUUUGCCAAUAUGCCUCAUCGGAGCAAGUUUCACGACCGAAAGUCCUAUGGAAUAUAGCUUGAUUUGUCAGAAUUUCUAUGCCAUUUCAUUUAUCCCGGUGAGAAAUAAACUAUUUGUGUUCUGCAUCAUGCUGUCAUUGUGGGUCUACAUGUUAUAUUAUUGCGUUGGCUACUGUUCAUCCGCGCCAAGUUUUAUCAUCGACUCUCCAGGUGGGAAGAUAGACAACGCUGAAGUGAACCACAAGAUGCAACCCAGAAUCCAAAACGGGGGGCAGCCGGACUCUGAUAGUCUUAACCCGUUGAUCAAAACGUUUUCACGGGACUUAUUAAAUAAUGAUAACGAGAUCGACAGCCGAGCCGACGACUGGGAUGAGAUGAAAGGCGAACAGAGGAGUUUGGAAGACAGUGCCAUGUCUGGUUACCUUAAUGGGUCGGAGACUAAAAAGUUGCCCCAGGCAAUUAUAAUCGGGGUGAAGAAAGGGGGUACGCGGGCACUCCUUGAGUUUCUGCGCGUUCACCCGGACAUCAGAGCCGUGGGAGCGGAGCCACACUUCUUCGACCGAAACUACGAUAAAGGUCUCGAGUGGUACAGGGAUCUGAUGCCUAAGACGGUGGAAGGUCAGAUCACCAUGGAGAAAACGCCGAGCUACUUCGUCACACGGGAGGUCCCCGCCCGCAUCCACGCCAUGUCCAGCGACACCAAGCUGAUCGUAGUGGUGCGCGACCCGGUCACGCGCGCCAUUUCGGACUACACGCAGACGCGCUCCAAGAAGCCCGACAUCCCGUCCUUCGAGAGCCUGACCUUCUGCAACCGGAGCGCGGGCCUGAUCGACGCCUCGUGGAGCGCCGUCCAGAUCGGCAUGUACGCUCGACACCUGGAGCGCUGGCUGGCCUAUUUCCCCGCCACUCAGAUCCUGUUUGUGAGCGGCGAGCGGCUAAUCAGCGACCCGGCCGGAGAGAUGGCCCGCGUCCAGGACUUCCUGGGCCUGCAACGCGUUGUCACAGACAAGCACUUCCACUUCAACCCCGCCAAGGGCUUCCCCUGCCUUAAGAGGCCCGAGAGCAACAGCAAGCCCCACUGCCUGGGGAAGACCAAAGGGAGGACCCACCCCAACAUUGACCCCAGCGUCGUGCAGAGCUUACGGGAUUUCUACAGGCCUUUCAACAAGAAGUUCUACCGUAUGACCGGCCAUGACUUUGGCUGGGAUUAAUCAGAGAGUGGGUAGCUGAAGAAUAAGAGAGUGAAAUGGACAGUGGGAGAUACUGUGGUUAUUGUAAUUUUGAACAUUUUCAGAGAUAUUUGUUUUGUUUAAGAAGUUCAGAAGUCUAUUUUAUGAUAAUUUAUUUGUAAGCAAUUAACUCACUAAGCUGCCUAUCAGUACAUCUCCAUUAUAUUUUUUUGCAUUCCCGUUUUUCAUUAUGUGGUUAAUUUUCAUGAAACUCUAAAAGGCCUAGUCUUACAAGCUUGGUAGUUAUUUGCACUUCCACACAGAGAGCAUUGUAGUGAAUGACAUAUAGGAAUUCAAAGGUCCAUAGAUGACACAAAAGCACAAUUACUGGGGGAUUCAACCAAGAGAUUUUGUGGCUUUUUCCUAAUGAAUAACUGCAAUACUUGGAGGAUAAAUACCAUGGUUGAAUUCCACCGUGAGUCUGUUACGGGUAUCUCUCAGACAUAGAGACAAAUUUGUCAGUGUAUUAAAUCAGUCCAGCCAUUUUACUAACAAGUUACUCUGAGGCAGUUGAAUGGCUGCAACCGCCCUUCAUAUAUAGCGAAUAAUCAAAUGUUACAGUGCGUAUACAGCAUCCUAUAGAAUACAUCUCUGGCACAGGAAGGGGAAAUGGCUCCACUGUGCCUGGUCGAUAGCGGUCUCAGCUGACACAUUGCUGCUCCUCCAGGUAGAUCAAUACCUAAAUUGGUACUCAUCCUGUCAAUUAAGGUGGAGGAAUCACACAGCAGCGACUUUAAGGGUCACCCCAAUCUAAUCAGGAUCCAUCAAUGGAUUAACCACCAGUCGUUUUUCUUAAUUGCGAGAAUGAACUGAGAGAUGUGCAAGAUGGGCCUCAGUUGUCCAGGUUUUGGUCAGUUCUCUGAAGACCUCUGACAGGUAUCAAUGCAAUUUACUGCAUUGCAGUCAGGGUGGUAUGGUGUGCCAACCCGGCACCAAUGCUUGCUGGAAAACCUAUUUCACUCACAUUUUUUUUUUUGCCAAAAAAUACUUUUUUUCUCUCUAUUAGUUCAGAUCUUAAGGUUUUUUCAAAAAGCUUUAAUUGAGCAUUGGAGCAUUCUGUAGAUAUGUUUUGCUCAGGUUGACACCGGGGUCUCCAUGCUGAGUUUGCUGCCUUGAGCAGCUGUCACAACAGAGUAAUGAAACCCUUGUCUUUGUUUUCAGCGCACGAGCAAAGCAGUUAUGACCUUCGCUAUGGUUCCCUGCUGCAGUCCCUCUCUCAAAGCCAUACUUAACAUGCAGAUUUGGAGGUGUUGGGUCAAAGGACGAGGUUUUGAGAGAUUAUGGUCUUGUUCAGUAUAAUAUAAAUUGAUAGGCACUUACUUCAUCAGGGCUAUCGUUCAGUGUUUUGGUGUGGGUGAAGAACACAAGUGCAGCGCAGAUGAACAAAUUAGAAAUCUCUGGGGUGAAUUUGAAAACACUAAACAAAAAAAAACUAAAAAACAGCAACACUCUUUCAGAAUGACAUUUUAAACCAUGCAAUGUGUGUAUAUGUUGAUAUGGGAAUAUUUAGGAAUAUUUAUAUGUGAUUCUGAUUCUGUGCAUUGUGACCAUUCCGCUCUUGCUUAAAGGGAUUUUCAGUCUGCAUUGCUCUCAUGCAUUAGUAAACAUUAUGGUUGAGUUUUAGUCAACCUCAGAAAUAUACACAAAAUGUUAAUGUUUUCUCAGAAAAUGCUGUUUAGCGUGGAUAACCUGUGAAUGAAUUAUACAUGCCAACAUGAAGUUCUGUGGUGUGGGAGAAAUAACAUUGAUUUUGCAUAUUGAACCAAGAACAGCAUACAGUCGCGCUAAAGUAUUUCUCCGAGAUGGCGAUUAAAUGUAUUUUUUACA